AUGGAAAAUCCAAACAUUCAGGCAGCAUUAGAAAACAAUCGUGACAAAUUUCUUAAAAUUGUUCCCAUCGAAGAAUUAUUCACAAGGCUCGAACUGGAAAAGAUUUUAAGUCAAAAACAGGUAAAGGCUAUCCGAGCCUUGGAUGAUACGGAAGAUAUGAAUGGAAAGCUACUUAAAAUCUUAAAGGACCAACGUACGGAAGAGGAUUUCGUCUUAUUUUGCGGCUUACUUAAAAACAAUAAUGUUAAUGCAGUGAAAGCUUUCGGAGCUAAAUUAGAGGCUGAAGCUGGAGGAAAGUUAAACAAUCCAGUACCUAAGAAAACAGAAAUAUCGCUACACCAUUUAAAUGAAUUUAAUCUUAUUUUGAAAUAUAAUGCAACGGAACUUUCAGCUAAUGUGAAGGACUACUUUUUCCUUGUCGCUAACAAAAUUGGUAAAGACUGGAGUAAAUUAGGGAAAAUACUUAACCAAAGCAUUGAUACUGAUACUAUUAAAGAGGAACAAACAUCGGGUUUCGAUCGAGCAUACGCGGUCUUAAACAAAUGGUAUAAUAUGGUCGGUAGAGAUAUUGCAACCUCUAAAGCUUUAUUGGAAGCGCUUAUUGAGAUUGAAAGGACAGACAUUGCGGAUAAAUUUGUGAGCGUUAAGCCAUUCUUGUAUUAG